GCAGCAACCUGUAGCCCAUUGUAAUCGCAUCGGAAGACCGGCAAAACUGCGUAUUUUGCUGGCAUUGUGAAAUUAUUUCAAACCAAUGUGUGUGCAAAAUGUCAACAAUUGAGAAACUUUCUAUACAGGGCGUUCGCAGCUUUGGCGCCAAUGCCGAAGACAUGCAGAGCAUUACAUUUUCAUCGCCAAUUACAUUGAUUCUUGGCCAAAACGGCUGCGGCAAGACAACCAUAAUCGAGUGCAUUAAAUAUGCGCUCACUAGCCAGUGUCCGCCGGGCAGCGAUAGCGGCAAGCGAUUCGUACAUGAUCCAAAAAUAUUCCGCAAAAGCGAAUGCCUCGGCCAGGUGAAGAUUCUGAUGCGCAACAGACUCGAUGCACGUCUCUCAAUCUGCCGCAGCAUGAAGUUGUCCGUUAGAAACAACAAGACUACAUUUAAUAAAGUCGAUUGUGCCGUCAACUUUCUUGGCAGCGACAGUCAGGAGUCAAUGAGCUUUCGGCGAGAGAAUACCGAUUCGGCCGUUGCUGAUUUUAUGGGCGUUUCGCAGGCAAUUAUCAACAAUGUACUCUUUUGUCACCAAGAGGACUCAAGCUGGCCACUGGAUGAGCCUAAGAAACUGAAGGAGAAAUUCGAUGCGAUCUUUGGCAUUACAGAGUACAAUAAAGCGCUCGACAGAAUCAUCGCAUUGCGCAAAUCAGCGCAGGAGAAGCUCAAAGUGAUGGAAUCGGACAUGAGGGUGUAUGAGUACAUAAAAAAAGAAAUGGAUGAGAAAACGUUGGGCCUGCAAAAGGCUCAGCGAAAAUUGGAGGAUAUCAAAAUGGAAUGCGACAAGUGCGAUGCGGAUGUAAAACCCAUUGAUGGCCGACUGGAGGAAAUACGCAAUAUCGAAUUCGAUAUUGGCAAAUAUCAGGCGCAGAAGGUCGAAAUGGACACUAAGCACAAAAAUUGCGUGGAGCAAAUAGAGAAGCUGUCCGGGAACAUCAAAAGCCAUUUUACGGGCUCAAUCGCAGAAUUGGAAGUGGAAAUACGUAGUUUUAAUCAGCGUAUGUCCGAAAUGAAAUUUCAAACCACCGAUGUGGAGGAACAACUGGAGCGAUUAAAGACAUCAAAUACAGAUCAACAAAAUAAGCUGGUCAAGCAGGAAAAGGAACGCUGCGUUGCACAGCAGAAGUACAGAAACGAGCAGAACUACAAACUACAGCUGACCGAUAGCCUUCAGGUGCUGUGCGUGCAGUUGGAAAUAUGUGUAAGAGCCAAUGCUGUUGAUAAUCCCCAACAAUUAUCCAGUCUGCUCGACGAGAUUGAUUUGAUGCUGAUCAGCAAGCAGCGUGAGAUUACAAAGCAGAGUGAGGAGAACGAUCAGGCGGAUCAAUCGCGUCAGGCAAAGAUCGACGAUCUGCGUACCGAUAUAACCAAGUCGGAGCAAAGUGUCAGCUCGCAGCAGAAGCAAAAGAAAGCUAGCGAAGUGGAGAGCCAAUCUCUUGAGCUAAAAAUUAAUGAAAUUGAAAAAUCAUUGGAACAGCUCAAAGUGUUGGAGAAGAAAAUUGCGGACACGGAUGAUGAAUAUGAGCGCACAACGCGCAUAUUCAAUCAGGAGGAGUGUCGCCAGCUCAUAGCUAACAAAAAGGUGUCCAUAGCUGAAAAGCGAGCGCGUUUUAAUAAGCUAGACGAGCAGCUCACAUUCCUCAGCUCCAUAGCCAAAUUGAUGGCUGAGAUCGGUCUGAAGGAAAAGGAGCUGGAGAAGAAGAAACAGGAAAUCCAUCGAGGCCGUAGCAAGCACAGUGAUAAUUUCGUCAAAUUUUUCAAGGAACCCAUUACUAGCAACUAUCGUCACAGCAUGAAGACUGAAUACGAUAAGCUACGCCGCGACAUCCAGGACUUAAACGAUAAUGCUAACCGGCAGAAGAUCGAGGAGCAAUCACAUGAGAUCAAUCGCAAGAAUCUAAUUGGCGACAUUGCGCGCAUGGAAAAGGAAUUGCACGAGCUUGAGGAGCGCAUUUACGAGAAGUGCCACGCCGCACGCUACGAUGAGUUGCUGCUACGCAGCAAGGAAGCCAUAUCCAGGUUUCAACUGGAGCACGGAGCUCUCAAAUCCGCCGAGAACAUGUACAAAAAGUAUAUUCAAAAGAUCAAUGAGGAGCCCAGCUGCCCAUUGUGUCAUCACAACAUGUCUGGUGAUGAGGCCUUGGACUUGACAACAGAUCUGACGGAUGAGAUACAAAAACUGCCCGAUAACAUUGCCAAAACAGAGAAGGCCUUAAAAGCAGAGCAGUCGAAAUAUGAAGAACUACUGCAGAUCAAGCCAGCUAUUGAUAAGGUUCAGGAACUCAAAGAAUUGCUGCCCAAGAAGAAGGAAGAAUUGCGCAUGAUUGGGCAACGAUUGAGCGAAAUAGUUGCUAAAUAUGAGACGCUAAAGGAGCAGCUCGGUGAGCCAACAGUCAACAUGGAGUUGGCCAAUUCAAUGUUACCAGAUAUGACACUGCUUGAUGAAUCGCUUAAGGAGUCUGCACGCGUCAAGAAAGAUUUAGAUCAGCUAAAGCUCAAACUGCCUGCCAGCUAUGAUGCCAGCGUGAAUACGGAGGCUCUGCAAGCGGAAAAAACUGAGGUGUCCAAGGAGAUCGUAGCCGACGCCAAGGCGCUGGAGACAGAACAGCAAAACUUUGAGCAGAAAAUGGAAGCACUGCAUCAAUUGCGUGAAAAAAAAAAUGGCUUGAAGGACAAGAUGAUCAAGCUGAAGGAGGGCGAGCAGAGUUUGCCGCAAUUCAAGGAAAGGCAAGAUGAGCUUUCCAACUUGCUCAUCGCAUUAACAGCAGAGAUAAGCGAACUCGAAUCAAAGAUUCGACCCCUCAAACAAAGAUUGAGCUCAGCUUUAUCCGAAAAGGCGCGUCUUAAGGAGAGCGAACGUGUUAAAUUGUCGGAAAUGCAGAAGAAAUACCAGGAAUACAAGAGCACUGAUCAGGAUAUACAGAGAUUAAAGAAAGAGAUGCAAGAAUUUGCCAAAUUGGAUCUAGCCAAUGCCAUCAAAAAACUUGAUGCGGCCAUAAAUGGAACCAAUGAAGAACUUAAUAAAUUGAAAGGAAAAAUUAUUGAAACUAGUGAGAAACUGGAAUCUGUUAAAACAGAAUGCCUCAAUCAGGAGACACUGGAGCGCGAUCUUAAAGAUAAUCGUGAGCUGAAGCAGCUGCAGCAGAAGCAAAGCAAACUCAGUGAAAUCUGUCAAACUCUGUCCGAGCAACUGGGCAAUUUGGACUUUCGCAACGUGACGAAAGAAAAACAAGAGCUGUCGAAAAAGCAAAAGGAGGCUUAUGUCCGACGCGCUCAACUAUUUGGCCAGUUGGGCGAGAUUCAAAUCCAGGUGGAAAAUCUACAGCGUGAUAUCGACCAGCCCAAAUACAAGCAAUCCAUGAACAAUUAUAGGCGUGCCCAAUUCGAAGUGGCUGUCAAACGUCGCGGCAUCGAUGAUCUGGGCCAACAUCGUGUGGCGCUCGAAUGGGCGCUGAUUCAGUUUCAUGCCGAGAAAAUGAGCAACAUAAACAGCCUGAUACGCGAAUACUGGCGAAUGAUUUACAAGGGCAACGAUAUCGAUUACAUACAAAUCAAGACUAAUGAUGAAGAUGAUGAUAAGAAAGCGUCUGCAGAUCGACGUAAGAGCUACAACUAUCGCGUGGUGCAGUCUAAGAACAAUUCAGAGAUUGAAAUGCGUGGACGCUGCAGUGCCGGUCAACGUGUCCUCGGUUCGCUUAUCAUUCGCAUGGCCCUCGCGGAGACAUUCAGCAGCAACUGUGGCGUCCUUGCCCUGGACGAGCCGACUACCAAUCUGGAUCGGGACAAUAUUAUUUCGCUAUGCGAUGCGCUCAAUAGCAUCGUCGAGAAUCGUCAAUUUCAAUCGAAUUUCAUGCUGAUUAUAAUCACCCACGAUGAGAAUUUCAUAUCGUCCUUGGGUAGAAUCAAUAGUUAUCAUCGUGUAUAUCGCAACCCCGAAGGCAAAUCUGUUAUUCAAAAGGUGCGCGUCGAUGAUAAAUAGUUAUUACAUCGCUUACAUAUAUAUUCAUAUUCGUUUUUAUUGAGAAUAUUCCGCAGGACGAUUUACUGUUGCUUGCAUCAACAAAAUAAAUAUUCUAUUUAAUUAAAAUGAUUUUAUUUUCUUUAUCAA